CUAGGUACACACAAAAACGUUACCAGAAUUUCAUGAUGAAAAUUGCUAGUGGAUUUUUUCCAUUAACACAUUAGAGGGAUUUUUUGUGUCAAACUAAACUUCAGCUUUUUGGUUGUCAUGCUCCUAUUGACUAUUAUUGACUGAUGAGAAGAAAAAACUAGUCCACAAGUGUCAAACAAGUACUAUGGGCGGUGACAUGUUUCAUCAUAAAUACAUGAAACUUAAAUAGGUUUAUAUUUAUAUAUAUACACAUACACGCAUCAACCGCUUCAUAUAGGGUUGAUAAACUUUAACUCCUGAAUUCAACUGUGGUCUUCUUUCUCUUUUCUGAUUUUGCAAGUCUAAGGAAAAAUGGUUUCAGCUUCUUCUCCUCCUUCUAAGGCAAUGGAACUUCAAUCAGAUAAAAAAUGUGUGGAGAAUGGUCCUACUCGCAAUGCCAAAUGGUGGUACUCAACUUUUCACACUGUGACAGCCAUGAUUGGUGCAGGUGUUCUCAGUCUGCCCUAUGCCAUGGCAUAUCUAGGAUGGGUGCCAGGGACCUUGAUGUUGUUGUUAGCUUGGUGUCUGACCUUAAACUCAAUGUGGCAAAUGGUCCAACUCCAUGAGUGUGUUCCUGGAACUCGGUUUGAUCGAUACAUUGAUCUUGGUAGACAUGCUUUUGGACCAAAGUUAGGACCAUGGAUUGUGCUGCCGCAGCAACUGAUUGUCCAAGUUGGGUGUGACAUUGUUUAUAUGGUCACUGGAGGGAAGUGCCUAAAGAAGUUCAUGGAGGUUGCUUGCACCAAUUGCACACAACUCAAGCAGUCCUAUUGGAUUCUCAUUUUUGGUGCCAUCCAUUUCUUUCUGUCUCAGCUUCCCAAUUUCAAUUCUGUAGCAGGGGUUUCUCUAGCAGCUGCUGUGAUGUCACUAAGCUAUUCAACUAUAUCCUGGGUGGCUUGUUUGGAUAGAGGUCGUGUUGACAAUGUUAGCUACGCAUACAAGCAAACCAGUUCUGCUGACUUAAUGUUCCGAAUGUUCAAUGCACUUGGUCAAAUUUCAUUUGCAUUUGCUGGCCAUGCUGUGGCCCUUGAAAUUCAGGCCACAAUUCCAUCAACCCCUGAGAAGCCCUCAAAGAUACCAAUGUGGAAAGGUGCUAUUGGUGCCUAUGUCAUCAAUGCCAUAUGCUAUUUCCCAGUUGCACUUGUAGGAUAUUGGGCCUUUGGAAGAGAUGUUGAGGAUAAUGUGCUUAUGGAAUUUGAAAAACCAGCAUGGCUCAUUGCCUCAGCUAACUUGAUGGUGUUCAUUCAUGUCAUUGGUAGCUACCAGGUUUAUGCUAUGCCUGUUUUUGACUUGAUUGAGAAGAUGAUGACCAAAAAAUUGAACUUCCCUCCGGGACUAGCACUUAGACUUGUUGCUAGAUCUACUUUUGUAGCUUUUACCUUGUUUGUUGGGGUCACAUUCCCUUUCUUUGGUGAUCUUCUGGGGUUCUUUGGUGGCUUUGGUUUUGCUCCUACUUCAUACUUUCUUCCUAGCAUAAUGUGGCUGAUAAUCAAGAAGCCAAAGAGAUUCAGCAUCAACUGGUUCAUCAAUUGGGCUUCAAUAUACAUUGGGGUGUGCAUUAUGUUGGCAUCUACAAUUGGUGGCUUAAGGAACAUUGUUACUGAUGCCUCUACUUAUAAGUUUUACACCUAAAAUAUGUUAUAUUAUUGCAAAACUAUGCAGUAUCAGCAAUUAAUCUAGAUUUGCUGAGUAUGUAUCUAAUUAACAGUGUCCUUUGUUCCUAUAUAUAAGCUGCAACCCUUUUAGUCCUC